UGUAGGUCUCCUGCAGAUUUUAGCCUAAGUCUUGCAAUGGAGCCGAGCUGGAGUACGUUUUUAUUUCAGCAAGCCAAUGAGGCUCUGCAUCACCAGCAUCAAGUAGCCGGAAACAGCCUCUUGCCUUUGCUCAAUUCUGGAACGGAGCCACCUGAUCAGAAACCAGUGCUGCCCAUUCCUUUGGACCAGAAACCCCCUGUCAGCGCUGCAGAACUUCUUAAAGACAAUGUGGCCAGUGGGACUGGAGGAGGGGGUGGUGGGCCUCCACUUACCAUGAUCAAAAAGGAGCCCAAGUGCAAGACGCCCUUCAUCUGCGGCUACUGCAACAAGGCUUUCCGAGACAGCUACCACCUGCGGCGGCACGAGUCCUGCCACACCGGCAUCAAGAUGGUUUCACGACCAAAGAAGACUCAAACAGCCCCCACCAUGGUGCCGCUUAUAUCCACUGUACCACGUGAAAAUAGCGGAAACCCUUCAUAUAUUACUACUGUAGCUGGUAUCUUAACUACAGCCACCACGUCAACAGCAACAGGUACGAGCAUCGUGACCCCAAUGCAACACCAACAGCAGCAGAGCAUCCCUAAAAAGCCCCCCAAGCCAGUGAAAAAGAAUCACGGUUGCGACAUGUGUGGUAAAGCCUUCAGAGAUGUAUAUCACCUCAACCGCCACAAGCUGUCGCACUCUGAUGAGAAGCCGUUUGAGUGUCCCAUCUGCCAGCAGAGGUUCAAGAGGAAGGACCGCAUGACAUAUCAUGUCCGCUCCCAUGAUGGAGGAGUUCACAAGCCUUACAUCUGUUCUGUCUGUGGGAAGGGCUUCUCCAGACCUGAUCACCUAAGCUGUCAUGUCAAGCAUGUCCAUUCCUCAGAGAGGCCAUUCAAGUGCCAAGUAACAGCUUGUACCUCCGCCUUCGCUACCAAAGACCGUCUGCGCUCCCACAUGAUCAGGCACGAAGGCAAAGUGACCUGCAACAUCUGUGGCAAAAUGCUAAGUGCUGCCUAUAUCACAAGUCACCUCAAGACACAUGGCCAGGCCAGCUUCAGCAACCCAUGUAACAAUAAAGGCAUAAGUGACUGGCAGUGGAACCACUCAGGGCCACGAAAAGGUGAGUUGACAGUAGGAGAGAUUUUAAAUAACUCCUUCCAAGUCCUAAUUGACAACUCUCACAAAGAUGCCAACAGUUUGCACAACAACUCCGCCACCACGACGCCGGUCAGCAACUCGGCAGCCAUUACUUCAUCUUUGAACCGGGUUGGACAUUCCAGCAACCCAAUCACCAUCGCUGCGCAGAUGAACAUCGCCACCAGCACGGUCAACAUCACGUCACCAAUCAACCUACAGCACCCUGUUACCAUUACCGGCCCAGUGAACCUGGCCUCUGUCAACAUACCGACAACAGCACACAUGAAUAUUGCUCACCCAGUUGCUAUCACCUCUCCCAUGUCUAUGAAUAUCACAGGGCCACUCAACAUUGCCAUGCGGCCCAUGGAUAGCAUGCCUUUUCUAUCCCAAGUCCUGCCUUCCUCCCCUCCUUGGUAGAACUGUGAUUGCUCAUGUAACAGCAGAUAAUGUUGGAACUGCCCAAUAAUACAUCAGCCUGUCAAAUCUAUGAAAUGUCUCUCAAAAUGAUUGAUAGUGCGUUUAAUUAAAAAAGGUGAUAAUGAAUGUUAUACGACCAUAAAAAAUAGUAACCAGUGAUCUUUACUGGCAGGAGCCAUUUUUAUGGCAAAUGUUGGCAGUUUUUAUGUAAUAACGGGAUUUUUAUGUGGUGAGGUGAAGAUGAUCUUCAGCACUAGAUGUGAUGUCCGCCACUAUCCAAGUCAACUUGUCACACUCGGAUAGACAUUAAAUUUCGUACCUCUUAACUGCCUGAAUGACCUGAAUGGUGUCAAAGGCUGCAGAGCAUUUUAGAGAACGUAUUUCAUAUGUCAUAACAUGACCUCAUGGGAUACAGUAACUGUGUAAAUAAGGACUAUUUUAUACCAAAGAUUUUCUAAUUAUAGGGUUUCCACCAAAUUAUAUAUUUUGAAAGAUAACUAAACCUUUAAACAGCAUUUAAACCAUCAAGGAUCAAAACGUUUUCUUUAGAAAUUGUAAUGAGCCUGGUGAGCUGUCUCAUCUACUCUGGAACUGUGAGAGGACGGGUGCCAUGGGUAGCCUAUGUUUCUAAAAAAUAUAACCGUAGCAGCCAACAUGUUCAAAUGUUGCGUCUUUCCCGAGACUCGUGUACCGUAUGUUGCCAUUAUAAUGCUACUUAUUGCAGCAUUUCAGUAUGUGAAAUGUUUACCUGCUUGCAUAAAUGGCAAUUAAUCGUGAACUUCAUAACACUUCAAAACCAAAAGUGCAUUUUCUUACACUUUGAUUAGACAAUGGUUAGUUGGGCAGUUCAUACAUUUUCAGCUGCUGCAUUUUCACCUGUGUUUUGCCUCUUUUUAUCCGAUGCUCUCCGCUUUCUACAAAUGUGGGCAGUUUGUGUUACUAUGGUAGUUGUCAGUUAGCUGGCUCACUGCAGCAGUGAUGGCAGUUAACACAAUAUAUGCUUAGAGAGUCUAACCCUCUGCGGGUGUUUUUGCACCUACACUUUCCAGAAUGGUUUAAUCGGACUGGUGGCACGAUUUGUUUGGACAGGUGUGAACAUGCAUAUCACACCAAAAUCUACCCCACCAAGACCCUUGAAAGGGGGUCGAUUUAGUCUGGUCCCAAACAAAUUCUGGAGCGGUAUGUUUGUGGUGGAAACGUGGUCCGACCUGGGUCUGUGAGCUUUGCAUUUUCGAAUGCCACUUACAAAGCACCUUGUGUAUUAAUGGUAGUAACAGAAAAUUGGUCUUACUUGGACCAGUGAUAAGCAACAAGAAACCUCCUAACAAUCUUACUUUUUGCCCCCAAAACAUCUGACCAGUAGGUGGAAAGAGUUUUGAUGUUUGUAGUGAUGCAUUUUGGCUCAAAAUUUUCUGUGUGAAUAGGAAACGAACAAAGGAAAAUUAGCCAAGUUCACAAACUCCCCAACCAAAUCGGACCAAAGCAAACAAACUAUAGGUGUGAAAAUGCCCUCUGAGCCUUUUCCCCACAAUUCUUCAACUAUUCUUCAGCCAUUGAAGUGUCGGGUCUUGUAAAAAUGACUAGUUGAAAUUGAUUUCCUCAACUGGCCAUCUGACUUCAAACAUGGAUGACGUGUGAUAGCUUAGCUACACCUAAGGCAUUGUUUAGCAACUGUUUCAAUGGAAUCGAUUGCCAGACAUGUUAUGAAUUGUUUCCUCUUGAGGCAUAUUUUUUCAUGUUCAUGUUUUUUCCUAUUGUUAUUUUAGUGGACUUAUCAGUAUUUAAUAGUUAAUGUAUUUUAAAGUUUAACAACAGAAAAACAAAGCUUCCACUUUGGGGAAGGGUGAGUGAUAUUGUGGAUUUCACUGUUGGUUCAAAGGCUGGUUAGAUCCAUCAGCUUCUACCAUGUCUGUAUUUUUGAAAUAUCUGUAAACCAGUCACUCCUCACUGCUGGAUAUUCUACAUAAGUUUAUCUGUGACAUUUGUUAGGACUUUUUUUAUGUAUUUAUAUCAGGACAUGACAGUUGAAGGUACAACUAGGAGGAAGUGUCUCGUACUGAAAGCACGUCUUCUUGUGUGUCCCUUAAAAUCGCAGUAUUAUCAAACGUCAAAUGAUUUGAAAUUUUGAUUACUGUGGACCUUUGUUACUGUAGAGGUCAGAAGAGCUACACAGUGGCUCAUGAGACCUGUGUGCUACAGAAGCAUUUCCAAAGUCAACUAUUUUGGUGUGUUUGUUUGGGUAGGUUGUUUACUUUAGCAGGUAUAGGAUCCCAUCACUGUCAGUCAAACUCAGGGGGGUUACUGAGAAUAGUCUUUUAAACCAUGUUCAACAAUUUACACACUGACCAUUUCUUUGUAAAUAUGAAACACUAUUUUAUUGCCUUUUACCUGUGAGAGAGUGAACCUCUCGACUUACCACAGGCUAGCAAUGCAAGAACUAAUUCACCACUGGUGUGGCCGUCCAUCCUGGAGCGGACAGAAAAAUGAGCAGAGGCUAAUGAAAGGAUAAGAAAGGUGACAGUUUCUUUUGAUAUUAAGCAAAUUGCAUUAAAGGCCAAAAACCAACAAUUUACAUGCCAACAAGUACCAUCUGUUGAAGGCUACAGCUUGAUAUACAGGAGCUUGUGUUUCCACUAUCACACAAUUUCAUUGUUCAAAAACUAUUAACACGCAUGAAGCAGCUUUACUGUUUAGUUGAGAUAAACACAGGCCCUGUCCAGACCUGGCAUCAUCACCUGUUUCAGGUGAUCUGUUUGCUCAGCACAUUUGGGGAAGUGUUGGACAUGUGCCCACAUUCCUAUACUGACAACAGACCUGCCUGUAGACCCACACUGACUAAAACAACAUAAUUUGGUCUUUAUGAACAGAAAUGUAUGAUUAUAACUGCACAUGCAUUUUAAUGCCAGGUGAACUGAUGAAAUCAGAGCUAAACACACUAGCUUGGAUCACCAGAGACAGUUAUUAUAACCAGGUCUGAACAGGUUCUCAGUGUUAUUCUUGCCUAACUAACAAAGAAGCAGAAACACAUGUUUGCAAGUGCAUGUCACCUGCUUUAUGUAGUGCUUUGCCUAAUGGAAUACUUGUUUUAAACACACUCGUAGAUAAAUAUGUCACAAGUAUGGCUCUUCUUUCAUUUAUCUCCUAUGGUACAGUUAAGCCUUGUCAGGCUGUAGCUACACAGAUCCAACUUUUCAGCAUGCUGAACUAAUUGUUGGUUAGAGCCUCUUCAGGGAAAGUGUCAGUUAUAUAAAGAGGUGAGGUAAUUUCAGACUUGUCCUUUUUAAUCUUAAUUCUCUGUAGAUGUCACUUGCUUACUCAUUGUUUUUUUGUUUUUUUAUCCUGGCGGUUGAUCUUAACAGGAAAAAUGGAGGCUGUGAUCACAAAGAAUGUAUUCAAAGCUCGGGUGUACCUGAAAGAGCAAAAGUGUAGAAGUAUUAUCCAUGUUGCCAAGAUACAGAUUGGUUGAUAACCUUGGUGUGAUGAUUGAACAUCAUGUGUUGAACCACUGAACUAUUCAGUGGAGACCACAAAGGACACCAGAACACAAGACCCCCUUAUCCAAACAGCUCUCACUGGGAUCUGGGAGACAUUGGGCAGGUUAUCUGAUAGGUGAUUUUUCAGUCCUAGAACAUCAUGACAGUGGCACACAAAGACAAAUGCCAAAAGACAAAGCUGCCUGGUCCAGUGACUCUUGAUCAGGGCUGAUAUGUCUAAUGAAUCCUGGUCCCUGUUGUAUGCUGUAAUGGUCGUAUUGGGGUGUGGCGCAAACAUAAGAGGGGCCAUUUGAUUCUAGAGCGGAGCUGAACAUGCGGUCUUCCAGCCGCCUCCUCACUUCAACCCAAAGCUUUAUCUCUCAAUGAGACCUUUUUUUUGGUGUCUGUAGUGACGAGGCCAUGAACAGAGUUGAGCAUGUGCAAUCACCUACUCAAUCAAUCACUGAGAGACGUGGGUCUGAUUAUUGGAGAGGCUGUUUUUGAAAGUUGCACAAAUUGUCUGAUACAGCCCCUCGAAUUCCAACUUGAAAUGAGGAGUUGUCAGAUGUUGUUACAUGAGCCGAUUCAUUUGAGUUUAGGUUGUAAGAAGUGGAAUCAUUAGAGUGAAAUAGGUCAGAAUGAUGAUGUGAGGGCUGCGAUGUGUCAUUCACAAUUACUGGAAACACUUGGUACACUUCACUUGAAUACUAGGUUGUGCUUUUCAUGGACAGUGACUAAACAAAGGCCUGGAUAUGUUCACAGGUGUCUUGUGAUCUCAGCCUCAACAGUUCCUACACCAGACUCACAAAUUGUCCCACAGUUCCGUGUGUGUGUGUGUGUG